GUACAAAGCAACAUCGCGGUGGCGAACACUGGGAACUGCCAACGAAGCCCUCCGUACAUAAGCAGGGACAAUAGUUGGCAGCUAGUGCCGCUGAUUAGGAGGGGGUCUGUGUAGCGUAUAACAAAUGGACACUUUGUUACCGACAUACGAGUUCUGCGAGUAGCCUGAUCUUUCCUUCAUUCCUUCUCGUCCACUAUUGCUAGAAACUCAUACUUUAUGGCGUCAUACUUAACCUUUAAACCGAGUUGUAUAGCGUAGUGACGCUACGAGGACUCUAUACGAAGUAUACGAAUGCCUGAGAAGAUACUAGCGAACAGCUCAAAGUUAAUGCUCUGAACUGAAUAUUAAUAUAGGAAAGCAUAACGUCUUGGAACCAGUUUCGAAACCAGAAGUUCCUCUUGCACAUACCCAUCCUUACUAGCCAUGCUUCUAUAGGGGCUCAUUCCAGCUGUUAGGACAAAUACAAUGUCUUCAGCGCGUACACGAAGGAGAGUCGAAGAUGAAGCUGCUGAGGAGGAGGCGUGGAGUGUGGAUGCGUAUGAGUGGGACCCGAAAAUGUGUCUUGCAAGGAAGAAGCGCGUAGUGGCAUCAGGGCCGGACGAGGACGCUACGGCAAAGCCAGUCGGGCUCGACCUCGCACUCCCCUCCUUCCUGAAUGCUCCAGCGCCAGUGGGCGGCGGCGCUGCCGACCCGCUCCACAUUCCGCAGCUCCCACCCAACAUCAGCGUCGAUGCUCUGCCCGUGCUCGACGCCCCUGACCGCGCCGACGGCGACCAAGCCACCGUGUGCGAGGUGGUGGGCUGCGGCGCCAGUCUGCAGGGCCUCAAGCGCUACUACGUGCGCAUGCGGGUGUGCGAGAAGCACCUGCACGCGGCGGCCAUAGUGGUGAACGGCACCAUCUCGCGAUUCUGCCAGCAGUGCGCCAAGUUUCAGUUCAUCGGGGAGUUCUCCGGAACCAAAAAGAGCUGCUCUGCUACCCUGGAGCGCCACAACGCGCGCCACCGCGCCAAAGUCAUGGCACGCAUGCAGCAGGAUCAGAUGCUGCCCAAACGCGUUGCUACCGGAGCAGGAUACCAGCAGCCGCUGCAGCAGGACGGGGGCGAGGCGGGGGCCGCGAGCCGCAACACCGGCGGUGCCACCGCGGCUGGAGGCGGUCGGGGCGGAGCCAAGGGCGGAAGCACUGCAAGGCGUCGCGCAUCUCCUGCUGCUGCUGCUGCUGCCACAGGCGGGCAGGGAAACACCUCUGCUAGCUCCGAUACGUCUGUUGUUGCGCUGGGAGGGCAGGCGGGAGAGGACGUGAGCGGCUGGGGGGCGCUGGGUGCGCGGAGUGCCUCGGCGCUUCCCAGCCUGCCUUUCAGCGCUGUCGCUGCUGCUGCUGCUGGUGGUAUGACACCACAACAGGAGCAGCAGAAGGAGGGCGGUAUGGUGACAGGGGAAUAUCCGUAUCCCACAACAGCGCCUCCUGCACCUGGCGCGGGACCUCCUUUCGAGCGCCAACCAACGGCGCUAGGAGCGGCGCUGCAGCAGAGCUUCUACGCCGAGGCAUUCAGCUGCCCUCCGGCACGGCGGUUGGUUACAACCGGAGUCAAUGGUCAGCAUGCAGGAUGUACGACAGGCACCUCCGUCGCUGCCGGCGCGGCGGCACAUGCCGCCAUGCAGCCGUCGGCUGCAGAUGCGGUGGGAGGGCUGCCGUCCCAGACGCCCUUGCUGUCGCCGCCACCGCCUCCUCCUCCCCCGGCAGCCGUGAUGAUGUCAAUGAUGCCGUACCAAGAACAGCAGCAGCAGGGUGCAGCAGGCUGGCAGCACCCGCAGCAGCAGCAGCAGCAGCAGAUGCAGUACGGAGGCGAGAGCUUUGGGCCGGACCCGUCCCAGCGGACGGCGGCUUUUGUGCAGCAGCAGCAACAACAACAAGAACAGCAGCACUACCGCCCGCUACCGCCGCCGCCACUAGAUGUGCAGCGCGCCCUGGAAGCGUUUCCGAGUCACCUGGUGCCGUACGGGAGCCAUCAGGCGCCGCCGGCAGCCUUGGGCUUGACGAUGGCCCCAGCAAGCGACGUGUACGGCGCAGAGUACGGCACAACGCCUUCCGCCACGCCGUACAACUCCAUGCAAAGCGGAGGCGCGGCGGCGGCCAACUACAAUGGCAGCCACAGCAACAUCAUCACCAGUUACGCUGCAGCUCCUGGCUACCCGCUCCACGCGGCCGCGAUGAAGCGCGAGGAGUCCUUCAGUCACGGCAGCACCCCCGUCGCCUCCAACAACGGCGGCGUCGGCGGCGCCGCUGCCGACGGAAGCGACAUGUCCGGAAGCCACUCCCAUGCCACCGCCAGGCAAGCCGUACUUGCCGGCGGCAGCGACGGCGUCGGUUGCGCUGCCGACGGCAGGCCGCUGAGCAGCGACGCCUCUGCCUUGCCUACAAAUUCCCGCGCCAGCCACUCCGCUGCCGUACCGUCGCCCAGCGGCGGCGGCGCCAUGAUGGCUCCGUCACCGGGCAUCUCCUGUACGGAAGGCGUGUCGGCGGCCCGCAUCAGCGGCAGCGGUGACGCUGGCGGCGGCGGCGGUCGCGACGGCUCCGCCGCAGCCAGCUCUCAUCAAGUCGUGGACGUCGCUGCCCGCAUCAGCAACAUAAUGCAGGAACUGUGUCCACUUAUAGCGCAGUACAAACAGCAGAUGGCCCAUCGAUCGGCGGAGACGGAGGCUCCUCCGUCACUACCGCCCAACAUGCACGACGGCGGCUUCAUGCAACACGCCACGCCUGACUCCGCAACGGCAACGGCGUCGGCGGGAUCCGGGGGUUCGCCUCCCCAAGCCCGAAGCGGCUCCAACUCCCUGCCUCACGUCGUCGACGCCGCUGUGGCUAUGAUGAAAGAGGCUUCUCAGCUGGCGGCGUCUCUGCAACCCCAAGCCGUCGGCGCAUGGGGGGGAGCGCAGGACGCAGCGCAGCCGCCGCCAGCGCAGCCGAGACUGAGGGAGCCUUCUCCGGGUGCCGUACAGCAGCAGCAGGUGUGGCGAGGCCUACAGUCGUAUCCAGGCAUCGUGGUCAAUGAAGCCGCCGUGGCGAAGCCGAUCAAUGUGGUCGAGGCAGGCCUUGGAGGCGCCGCCACGACUGGUUCCGGCUUUCCUCCUCGCGCUCCCUCGCUUUCUUCUUCCCUCCCCCAACAGCCAUCCCUGCCUGCCCACAACGGCGUGCCGUACAAUGUGGUCAGCUCCGGUUAUGCCGUACGGCCAGGCGGUUCCGGAGCGCUCCAAGUUCCGCCGCCGCCGCCGCCAACCGCACAUCAACAACCGCUCCCUCAGAUGCAGCCUCAGCCGCCACCGCUGCCGCUGCCGCUGGCCACAUCGUCGUCAGGUGCCGGCGGAGGCGGAGUCCAGUUCGCCGCCGCUGCCGUACAUCAUGGUGCCGUACCCGGCGCGGAGGCUCCGUCGUACGACAUCCAUUACCAUGCACAACAUCAUCCUGACGGGUUGCCGUACGGUCACCCUGUACCGUACGACCUGCAAUCUGUGCCGACUGCGAUUCCCGUGGGUCUUGCGCCCCGAGGGCCUCCUCCGGAGACGCUUGCGGCAACCGGCGGUGGAGGGCCUCCGCCCGGCGUUUGGGGCGCCGCCGCUGGGGCGCCGGUUGACGAGGAGGACGACGAACUGUUUCAUCAACUUCUGUCGUACCUGGAGGAACCCAAGGGCCCAGCCGAACACUUCCUACAACAGCAACAGCAACACCAGCAACAACACUGCCGGGCCGUUGCAACUGUCGUACAACAUGCCGUACAAGCCCAUCAACAAGUCGUACAAUCUAUGCCGUACGGUGCAUCCGUGCGGCCUCAGGCAUGGCAGCCGCAGCCUCCGCCGCUGGCGGCGACGGCGCCGGGCUCCGCCCCCGCCGCUUCUCAAGGACAUGCUGCUCCUCCGCUGAUGCCGCCAGGCAUGUACGACACAUCCGGAGGCGGCGCGCCGUACAGCUCCUGGGGCCCUACUGCUCCACCUCCUCAGCACCCCUACCCGCAACAUCCGUACCCGCACAUGCAAGCGCUACCUGCGGCCGGCAGCGGCACUGGCGGCGGCGGUGGCGGCGGCAUGCAGCAGUGGGGUGUGCUGGCGGGCGGGUUUGAGGUGGCGGAGGAGUCGGACGGCGUGGACCCUCGCGAGCUGGCGCGCGUGUCGCUCAAGGCUAUGAACGUGUUGCCUCAUGAGCUGCCCAGCAACUUGCGGUCUAGCCUGCGCCGCUGGCUCAAGGAGGCGCGGGCGGAGGCGCUGCAGGCCACUCUGAGGCCGGGCUGCCUGCAGCUCAUUGUCGAUAUCCUGCGCACGGCGCCCUCCGCCUCCUCCUCCUCCCGUGCGGCCGCUGCUGCCGCCGCCGACCUUGCCUCUCAGCUCAUCCCCGCGCACGACGCCGACCAGGCUGCUGCUGACGUGUUCCGCAUCCUGGGUCAGCGCCUGCGGGACACCUACGUGCAGGUGGAGCGCAGCGUGCUUCAGAUCCGAGUGGGCGAGCGACCCGUGGUUCUCAGCUGGGAGCAGGCGGCGGAGGAGGGCGGCCUGGAGGGAGCCAAGUACCCGCAGCUGACGGGGUGCAGCCAGGCGGCGGUGUGCGCAGGCUCCUCCGCCGCUCUGGAGCUGCGCGGACAGCACCUCGCCCACCCGCGCACCAAGGCCUUUGCACGCCUGCGGGGACACGACCUGCCCGCCACCCUGCUGCCGCCCACCGCCUCCCCCGCCACCACCAGCAGCAGCACUGACGGCAGCAGCAGCAGCGGCAGCGGCAGCACCAGCAGGCUGCGCAUGCAAGUGGGGGUCCCUGCGGGUGGUGUGGGUGUGAUGGUGGUGGAGGUGGGUGUGGGGCACCUGCUGGGGGAUGGCUGGCCGGUGCUGGUGCUGCCGCGGGGUCAGGAGGGGGCGGCGGAGGAGCUGCGGCGGGUGCAGCGGCAGGCGGAGGAGCAAGAAGAGGCGGCGGAGGCGGCGCGGCGGGGAUUCCGCAGGCUUCUCACCGACCUGGCUUUCGUGUUGGAGACCCUUGCCGACGCCAAGGCAGCUGCUGCCUCUGCCGCCGCUGCGGCAGCGGCGGCCUGUGCCUCCUCCAUGCACACCGUCCACCCCUCCGCCACCACCGUGCUGCAAACCGCCGGCGACAGCCCCCUCGCUGCCUCACCGCCGCCCCAACAACAGCAACCACAGCAGCAACGCAGCUCCUCACCUGGCAGCGGCAGCGGCGGCGGAUCGUCCCGUGGGUCGCGAUCCGACAGUAGUACGACACCUGCGAGCGCCGCCGGUUGGUCGUACACUGGCAGCGCCACUGACACUUUGAACAGCUCGACGGCGGUUGGGUCAACGCUCGCGUCGUCGCUGGCCACCACUAACGGCUCGGCGAUGCCUGGCCCCGGGGCCCCAGUCCGCCACCAUCCGGCCGCCACAGCUGCAGCCGCGGCGCCUGCUGCUGGUGGUGCUGCUGCUGGUGCGGCGGCGGCUGCCGCUGCGGGUGUGGGCGCCGGCGUUCGGCCCGCUGCUGCCGCUGUGCCGAAUGCGCCCCCGCCGCCCCCCGCCGCAACGUUGCAUGCCGCACUGGGCCGUACGGGUCGGCUGCUGCGUUACGUGGUGUCGAGGGGCCUUCCAAACCUCACUUCGCUCCUGCUGGCAGUGGCCCUAGGCCUGGCGCAAUCCCUGGACCCAUCCUCCACCUCCAGCACCACCACCACUGCCUCCUCCCGCUACACAUCCACCUCAGCCCCAACCACCACCACCACCACCGCUGCACCUCACCCUCACACCAGCAGCACCUCCAUCAGCACCCUCAGCAGCACCGGCGGGGGUGCCGUGCUGGGAGCGCUGCUGGUGGGGGCGGGAGUGGACCCGCAGGCGCUGCUGCCGCUGGCGGUGCUGGCGGGCGGCGAGGGCGGUGCGGCUAGCGUGGGCUGCCUGGCGGCCUUUGCGGAGCGGGUGGCGGGCAGGCCCCUGAGACUGGACCUGCCGCAAGGCCCCGGCGGGCUGACCCCGCUGCACCUGGCUGCGCUGCUGCCCGACGGAGGCGCCCUGGCUGCUCACCUGGUGGCCUCGCAGCCCUGGGCCGCGUGGGCCUGGCUGUGCACGGGGUGGAGCUUGCCGCUGCCGCCACUGCCGCCACCACCUGCUGCUGAGGGUGCUGAUGAGGUGGUUGCUGGGGCUCAGGUUGUUGAGGGAAGUGGUGUGGAUGGUGCGGUUGGUGCGAGGGAGGGUGCAGAGGUUGAGGAAGGCGGUGAGGAGGAGGCUGAAGCUGGUGGUGGUGAGGAGGAGGAAGAUGAGCAGGAGGAGGAGCAGGAGGUGCCAGUGCAGCCGGCAGCGGUCCGACUGACCCCUGGGUCGCUCUGCGUGCUGUUGGGCAACAAGGAGCCGCUGAGGCGCGCGGUUGCGUUGCUGCAGGCGCCGCCUCGCCCUGCUGCUGCUGCUGCUGCUGUUGCUGCUGCGGGGGACGUGGGGCGGGGAACACUGGGCGGCGGUGGUGGUGGUGCACGCGGUGGUGUUGGUGCAGGCGGUUUGGCGACAGGGGCGAGCGCGGAGUCGGUGGCGGCGCUGGCGGGGGCGUUGGAGGCUUGGGGCCGCACGGGCGCUGCGCUGCUGACUGCGCUGUGUGAGCAGCUGGCGGGGCAGCGGCUGUGAGGGGGCUGUGAGAGGGCGGAUAGUGGAGGAGGAGGUGGCGUUGGAAUGUGCGCACUACUCGGUGGGGGAAACACACAGGGCGAUUGGGAGUUGAGCCGUGCCGGGUGGCCUGCUUUAAGUGUGCAGCUGGUACGGUACCUGGGCGAGUGUUGGGCGAGUGUUGGGAUGGUGAGGGUGCCGACUUGGCAGGCGCUAUGAUGGCAGUGGUUGUGGGGUGGGGUUGCGGGUGGGAAAGAAGGGGCCUGCGGGUUACAUAUACACAAGGAAAGUGGUUACACACAGGGACACAGACCUCUCAAGUCCUCCCCCGCGCAAACGUUUAACUUUCAACCAUAGCGUUUUGUUCUGCUGUUGAAUAAAUUUGGCAGUUAAACUCUGGUGGUGUGAGGUGAAGGCAGGUGUGCACGCAGCGGACGGUAAACAUACGCGUGUCUGGAUCAUCUCUCGAGUGAAUGCUCUUUCAUGUACGAAUACAUACAUGGGGCAGUAGUAAACAAAUUGCUAAUGGUGUUUAGAAACUGCAACUAGGGGUGUGACGCGUCCGAGGGUCUCGGGGUUGUUGGGCCUGGGUUGAGGAGUUGGGGUCGGGUCUGGCGAGCUCAGCAUGACACGGAAGGAAUCUUUAAAGAGCGAUCAUGCAGCUGCGGGAGCUGCAUGCUCCGACUUACCGGCACUUGUAAACUUCAUUGCACAG